AUCAUGUGAAGAGCUGGAGGAGGGAGAUAGAUACAAGGUAACAAGGAGAAGAGAGCAGACACGGAGGAGGAGUGGGCUUUCGAAUGUGGCAGACACCCUUCUUGUCUCACUCAGGAGUUCCCACUGCACACUCACCAACGCCUUCCCCACUGCUUGACCUGCUGGAGCCUCUACCAGAGCUUGGUAGCCCCAAGGACCCAUUGUGGAGCUGGCUCCCGGUUUUCAGACAUGCACCUUGGGUGAGGCUGCCUGGGAGGAGGGAGCAGACACACUGCACUAGGGGUUUCUCCUCUUGCAAGGGAUUCUCCAUCCCUCCUCCCUUCUACUGAGAGUGCCCAUUGCCCACACUGCCUGGACAUGCAUGGGGUGACCAUCACUGGAGGGCAUCACGUACAGGGCAUACAUUUGUUCUGCUUUUACUGAACCACUCAGCAUGGGGAAUAUUUCAUCCAACAUUUCUUCCUUCCAGUCCCUGCACAUUGUCAUGCUUGGACUGGACUCUGCAGGGAAAACCACCGUCCUUUACCGACUCAAGUUCAACGAGUUCGUCAACACUGUGCCCACUAUUGGCUUUAACACCGAGAGGAUUCGACUGAGCAACGGUGCGGCCAAAGGGAUCAGCUGCCACUUCUGGGAUGUAGGGGGGCAGGAGAAGCUGCGUCCGCUCUGGAAGUCGUACAGUAGAUGCACAGAUGGUAUCAUUUAUGUGGUGGACUCUGUGGACGCAGACCGGUUGGAGGAGGCCAAGACUGAAUUGCACAAGGUGACCAAGUUUGCCGAGAACCAAGGAACCCCACUUCUGGUGAUUGCCAAUAAGCAGGACCUACCCAAGUCUUUGGCAGUUACCGAGAUUGAGAGACAAUUGGCACUGCAGGAGCUGAGCCCAUCUACCCCGUACCAUGUCCAGCCAGCCUGUGCCAUUAUUGGAGAAGGGCUCACAGAAGGCAUGGACAAGUUAUAUGAGAUGAUACUAAAAAGGAGGAAGACUCUAAAACAGAAGAAAAAGCAGCGAUAACACUGGACGAGGAGAGGGUUGUACGCAAUGCCUACCAAAGAUGUCAGUGUUACGUGCCCACCUCAUAGUGGACACCACUAUUUUUUGACAUGUUUUGCCCUUAUAGGACACCAAUGGUAGGGAUUUACAAAAAAACGUGAAGGGCCUAUUUCUACUAUGGCUGUGCAGGGCAGGACCCUGCCAUUAAUUUUCUGUAAUGCUGAAGGAGAUACUGUGGCAUUGCAGAGCAAUAUAUGCCAUCUGAUCCUUUAGAACAAUGAAUAUAAAAAAAUAGAAAUGGAAUCAUGGAUGGAACAUAACUAACAGAUACAUUGUUUGAAGGGACAGAUGCAUAAUUCACUGUGUAUAGUUAAUCAUCCUGCCACAAAUAAAGGAAACUUGAAGAUUAUCACUGCAGACUGUUGAUCUGUCCUGGUGUCAUGUCCUUUAAGGGAUGGUGCUUGGUUUGCAGGGGCCAAUGUGGCUUCCUGCUCUGAACUGAUUUCAGCCCCUCUGACAUCUGUGCCUGGUGUUCAUUUUAAUAUCCUCCCAAUCUCUGCACUGUCUCUCCCUCCCUCCAUCUCUUGUUAAAUAUUCAUUAGCAGAGCAAUAUAGUGCUCUGCGAGCAUUUUCUCACAGGGAAUGGGUUAAUCUUGUUCUGAAAGGGGUUAUGGGUGAGGGGUGUCCAUCAUGAAAUCUUCCUGUGCUCAUUCCGCUGCAUGAGAUUAAUAUGUGAGAUUAUUAAGGCUGGCUGCACUGAGCCUCCAAUUUCUUUGCAAGAAAUGCUAAUAUGACUGUUACAUUUUAAUUAAUUUGUCUUGUCUUUUCAAUGUUUAAUUCCGUUGUUACAUCUUUGCCAUUCCAAUGUCACGGGAAACCAGAGAUCCAUGAGAUGGGCAACCUCCAUCACUAUAGCUCUUACACUACAAUUCCCCAUCAUGCUUCAGACAUAAAUUGUACAGUAGCUAAAAUGAUGUAGGUUGCCUCUCCCUGGACUAGACAUUCUGGUUAUUUCAUUUUUUUUGGUUACUGGGGAGGGUCAGGAGGCCUAGCAUGGAGCCUGUGCAUUAUUGGCAGCUGCCUUUUCUCCUCAGUCUCACGUGUUCUUUCUAUAUGAAUGUGUUCAGUUCAUUUGGGAGGUGUCAGAGCUGUGCGGCCUCUCCCUGCGUCCAUGCUCAGCCUAUUUUAGGCAGUGUCAGCAAUCUUUCUACUGUGUCCAGGCACAGUCCAUUAAGGCGAUAUCAGUGGUCUGUCUGCUGUGUUUUUAUGUCCAUAUGUCCAGCUGUGUUUACACUGGUGAUGAAAUAAAUAAAAUAUGUUUUACAAAACAAAUCUCUAAUUUAAGUACGGUAUGUGAAUUGCUGCAAUGAUAACAGGUGAGCAUUGCUAAAAUGGCUGACUUCAGCAUCUUUCAUGGUAAAGAUUAGAGUGGGUUUUUUUAGGGUUCUUAAUAUUAUGUGUGCCAGAGGUGAUAGGGCU